AUUAGAUUAAAAAUGUAUAUUUAUAAUCACACGAAGGAUAUCAAUACAACCAACUGCAUGGUGGUAAGACAACACUACGGGUAAAAUGAAAAUAUGUCAACUAAUGAUUAUUCUGUGUGUUUGUGAAGCUCUUGUGGUACCAUCAACACGUGAAAUACCAUCAUCUAACUUCUCCUUAGAAAAUGUUGAUGAAUUAUCUUUUCUACUGACGGCGGUCAUUGCCUCUAAUAUCAUUACAAACAUAAAGUCAUCAAAUGAGACUGCUUCACAGACAUUAGCGACAAUGAUGGCGAUGAUGACGGCGAUGAUGAUGAUGUCCCCGGCAAUCGCGCCAAUGAUGGUUCCUAUGAUUGCGACGACCAGUGUGCUAUUGAUCAAUAGUGUCAUGGACCAAAACGUUUGUCCAUCUGAUUGGGUUGUACUCGAAGAUUCGUGUUAUUUCUUCAGUGAGCUCACCAACAUCCUAACCUGGAAUGAUGCACAGGCUUACUGCAACGAACGUGGUGCAAAAUUAGCAGAACCAGAAACGAUGCAAGAAGUGAAUCUAUUGAAAGUGGAGGUCAACAGCAGAUACGGCGUCGUUGAUAAUGGGGUAUGGCUGGGAGGUGAUGAUAUGAACACUGAUGGAGUUUGGGAGUGGAGUUCUACAAAUACCCCGAUAUCAACCACUGAUUCUGAUUGGGACACAGUUAAUGGUAAUCCGGGCAGUGAACAGUGUAUGUUGAUGUAUUUGGCUUUUGGUUCUCUUUGGCGGGAUACUGCAUGCAAUGAAGAACAUGCAUUUAUUUGCGAAAGAGUUUAAUCUGUAACAGUUGAAUGGAAGGACUUACUUUCAAACGAUAUGAUAUAUUCCCACUUACCAAAACGACUUUGAUAACGAGAAUACAAGUUGUCUAAAAUAUGGCUUUCUAGUCUUUAAAAUUCAAAGAUGUUCAACUUUUUAUUGAUUUAGCCGAAUCAAUGACAUUGUUCACCGAAAAAAUAUUGCUACACUUUA